AUGGAAGAUGCCAUAAGAUUUAAAAAUGUUAAAUGCCAUUUAUUUGCCCUCUGCUAUUCAUGUUUUACUUCUUCGGCUAAUGAAGAAGGUUUAAUACCGUUACCGGGACCUCCAACGAUUCCGUUUUUAGGGAACAUUUACAUGUUUCAUCUACCUGUUCACAAAUGGUUUAUGAAAAUGUCAAAAACUUACGGACCUAUUUAUAAACUUAAGAUGGGAACGUUAAAUUGGAUCGUAAUUAGUGAUAGCAAGAUUGCUAAAGAAUUGUUUCUCACGCAAGGUGCUAAUUAUUCUUCUAGACCGUAUACGAGAGUUACAACUGGAAUUUAUUCACGUGGAGGAAAGACUAUUGCACUUUGCCCUUAUGGAAACUACUUGAAAAUGGUCCGCUCAUUAACCCAACAAGGUUUUCGUCCACAAAUAAUCGACACCAUAUAUUUCCCAAUAAUAAAACAAACAGUUGUUGACCUGAUCCAUAAAAUUUCUGGUUAUAAAUCUGCGGCUGUAAUUCCUGACGACGAUUUCGCUUAUACUAUUACUUUAACUUUAGCACUAUGUGUAUACGGUCGUACCUCACCAGAACACGGUAAAGUUCUAAUUGACGAAUACGUUAAAAUAGUUGAUGAUGCUGUACCACUUAUUUCUUUUAGUUCCUAUGCGGCUGAUAUUUUUCCAUGGAUGAGAUAUCUUCCAUUUGUACAAAAAUCUGAAGCUCACGCUGCUAAUAUUCGAAAUAAUGUUGAUAAAGCUUCUAAAAAGCUUAAUGAUGAUCUUAUAAAAAGAAUGAAAGAAUUUGGAGAUAAAGAAAAUAGUUUUGCUGCACAAAUUAUAAGAUGCUGUAAUAUUAUUGAAGAACCAAUGCCAUCCCCAUUUGUUAAGGAUUACCCAGGAAAAGAUGAGAAUGGGAUGUAUACAAUCGAUUGGUAUGAUUUUAAUUACUUAUUCUCGAUGCUAUUAAUUGGUGGAAGUUCCGUCAUUACCACAAUGAAGUGGACAAUUGGCUUCUUAGCAAAGUAUCAAGAUGUACAACAAAAGAUUCAGCAUGAAAUUAAGGAAGUAGUCGGAGAAGGAAAUACACCGACUCUGGAACAAUUAGAUAAAUUAUAUUACAUGCAAGCAGUUUUGAAGGAGAUUUGGAGAAUGAGACCACCACUUUACUUUUUACUUCCUCAUUCCCCUUCAAAAGAUAAAGUAUACCGUGGAUACUAUAUUCCAAAAGACUCUUCAUUAAUUAUAGAUGUUAUGAGUUUGCAUCACGAUCCAUCUAUAUUUCCCAAUCCUGGAAUGUUUAUUCCAUCCCGAUGGCUCAAUAGUGAUGGUACACUUAAACAAUGUGAUGAUUUAAAUGAUAUUUGGCAAUUCGGUAAAGGUCGCCGUCGUUGUCCUGGGGACUUCCUUUCAGAACGAGUUAUAAAAAUGCUUUUAUGUAUGCUGCUAGCUUCAUUCAACAUAGAACCAGAGAUUGAUAUGGUGACUGGGAAAUUUGUUGACUUAAAUCUAGAGGCUUACGAACACGGGACUGUGAUGACGCCAAGGGAAUAUAAAGUUAGGUUUGUUAAGCGCGAUAGCGUGACUUUUCCGGAAAAAGAGGAGUGA